AUGUGCCCAAAUAAAUUAUACCCCAAGCAGUAUUUAUCGUCUAUUGAUGUCUCACUACUGAGAAAGUUAUUACGUGAUCACCCAUCCCAACACUUAGUGGAAUUUUUGGUGUCAGGUUUCACGGCGGGUUUUCACACGGGUAUCAUCCACAUGCCUACUGGGGUCUUAGAAUGCAAGAACUUGCAAACAGCCAUGGCAGAUCCUGACGCUAUUGACCGACUAAUACAAAAAGAGGUUGACCAAGGGUUUGUAAUUGGGCCUUUUGAUACUCCACCUUUUGCUGUAUGGAGAACUAACCCCAUAGGUCUGGUCACUGGUAAGUCCUCAAACAAGCAAAGGUUGAUUCUUGACCUCUCUGCUCCCCAUGCAUCAGCUACACCGAGCCUAAACUCACUUAUUCCGUCUGAAGAGUUUUCACUGCAAUACGCUACUAUAGAUAAUGCCAUCAUGGCCAUCCUCUCAGCAGGAAUAGGCGCUUGGCUUAGUAAGACGGACAUAGUGAAUGCUUUUAAACUACUCCCUAUUCAUCCAUCCCUGUGGCAUCUACACGGUGUUAAAUGGCAAGAGUUAUAUUAUUUUUUCAUGCGUCUCACUUCCAGUUCAAAGAGCAGCCCACGUAUUUUCGAUUUGUUUGCUGAGACGUUGUGUUGGAUAUUGCUUAACACCUGUAGAUGCCCCACCAUUAUUCAUUAUCUGGAUGACUUUCUUUCCAUAGAAAGCAACCUCUUACCUCCCAGUAGCCUCCAGGCUACAACACGGCUUUUUACACAGCUAGGAGUCCCGAUUUCACCGACUAAGAGAGAAGGUCCCGAUACGGUCAUCAAUUUCCUGGGGGUUGUGCUGGAUUCAGUACACAUGCAGGCUAGCCUCCCAAGGGAAAAGAUUGAUGGCAUACUGGCUGCCAUUGACUUUUACUUAACCGAACAGUCCUGCAGCAAAAAGGAGUUGCAAUCCCUGUUAGGUUCUCUUAAUUUUGCAAUGAAAAUGAUUCCUCAAGGACGGGCUUUUAUAUCCCGACUACUCAGUCUAUUCCCUAGGUUUCAGACCGACUCCUCCCGUAUAAGGUUAGAUGUGCAUGCCACCGCUGACUUACGAUGUGGAGGGAGUUUUUACGACACUGGAAUGGGAAGAGCUUGUUCAUACCAGUGUUAUCGGAUGAGUCUGUCUCUAUUUGGACAGAUGCUGCGGCCACUUCCGGUUUCGCCGCAAUUUUUGGCAAUGAAUGGAUGUGGGGCAACUGGCCAAAGGAAAUUGCGGAGAUACCAGAGUUCAAGGAAACGUCUGCUUUGUUUGAACUUUAUCCCAUUGUUGCAGCAGCGGUGA